GCCACCUAUUGAAAACAAAAAUGGUGGCCAACAAUAUGCCCUAUCCCUGCCCUGGUUUUAUGGCACGCCAAAUGUCUACGUUCUCUAGGCUUCUUUCUACUAUGUAUUUCCCUCCGACUGAUAUACCCAAUUUCGAUGUGAACAAAGGGAAUCAUUUCCUCGCGGUCGACCCUAUCUUACGUGCUAAAUAAGUGGGGCUACUUCUAACCAAACCGAAGGUGAUCCAAAACUAUCGAAUAUUUCGCGAAAUUAUAACCGCAUCAGCUUGAUUCGUCGUGUCAUUCACCUUAUAUAAUGAAACACAAAAUAAACAAUCUAGCAUUGUGGCAAUGCAGUAAGGAGCAAAAUCCUAUAUGCUUUAUUAAUACAAAGCGCAAAAUAGAUGUUUUAUUUUGCAACACGCUAUGUACGAAUUACACAAAAUAUUUCCUGUCGUCCAUGUAAUACGUGCUAUCAAAAUCAUUUAAUGUAUUUAUUGAAAUAUCAAUCACAGAAUGAUAUUAGGUUACUGAAUUGUAUAUAAACUGGUAAUGACAGAUAGGGCUCACACAAUGAGACUGGAAGCAGAAAUGGCUGCUCCUUUGCACCUGCAAAGAUUGGAGCGUAGCCUCAAUGUACAGCCCUUUUUAAGACAAAUUAAUGAGUUAUUCCAAGAUCCAGCUAGUGAGGAUGAUAAAUCUAUAUCAUCAGAGUCAUCAGAAGGAUCAGAUAAUUAUCUUGAUAAUGUUCUGAUUCGUAAAGAAGAGGAAAGAAUUAAUAAACUGAGAGUGUAUAACAUGUCAAAUGUUGGAGAAGAACGUAGAUGGUUGCAGGAUAUUCUGUUGAGUGAUUCAUCUGAUAGUUCAGCCUCAGGAUCUGAUACUGAUAGUCCAAUUACAGAAGAAGAUUUUCAGGAAAUGUUAAAGUUUCACAUACUCAGAAAAAAGUACCAAGCUCGUUUUUAUCAGAAACCAGAGAAUAUUCAGUACCAAUAUUACAGUGCUGGAUUAUUGUCAAGUUAUGAUAGAUUUUUGGAACAUCAAAAAUUAAUAGUUGGAAACAAAAAGAAGAAAGAAAAAAAGCCAGAAAAGAAAGUUAUAAAAAUAAAAAAAGAAAAACUUCCUCGUCAUAGACCAUCCGAGGAUUACCUUGAAGGUGAAUAUCCAGAAGAAGAAUGGGAUCGUACUAUUCCUAAGGAAGAAGAAUUAGACGAAGCUGAAUUGGAAGCAAUAAUGCGUCAUCAACCUCGACAACGCGGAAGAAAAAAGCAUAAUAAUAAAAGUCCAGAAGUAAUGGCAAUGAGGAGACGAAAAAUUUGGGUAAUGAUGUCGAAGAAGGAAUUAGGAAAAGUACAAAGAGCAAAAACUAAUAAUCAUAAGGAAAUGUUAAUUAGUUGUAAGAAAGUAGCACAGCAUUGUAUGAGACAUUGGAGACAAAAGGCUAUGCAAUCACAAAGAAACAUGAAGGAAACUAUAUGGAAAGCAAAACGUCUUACAAGAGAAAUGCAAGCUUAUUGGAAACGCUAUGAUCGAGUCGAACGUGAAACGAGGAGAAGAUUAGAAAAAGAAGCUGAAGAACAGCGAAAAAUGGAUGUGGAGUUGAUCGAGGCAAAACGGCAACAAAGAAAAUUAAACUUUCUCAUCACGCAAACUGAACUAUAUGCUCAUUUUAUGUCUCGAAAAUUAGGGAAAGCUUCUCCUGAAGAACAACUAAGAAUCUUAAAUCAAUUAGAUGAAGAGAAAAAUCCGAGACUUGUUGGGAUUGAUGAUUACGAUAGUGAGAUUAUGAAGCAAAAAGCAAAAAGGAACGCUACUGAAGCAUUCGAUAAUGAAAAAGCUAGGGCAAAACAAUUCGAUACAGCCGCUGCAUCUCAAGAGUUGCGUUUAAGCGAUACACCUGAAACAUUGGAACACCCACAGCCUUCGAUUUUUAAAGGAAACCUUAAAGGUUAUCAACUGAAGGGAAUGAAUUGGUUAGCUAAUUUAUAUGAUCAGGGUAUUAGUGGAAUUUUGGCAGAUGAAAUGGGUUUGGGGAAAACUGUGCAAUCCAUAGCGUUUUUGUGUCACGUUGCUGAAAGAUAUUCCGUAUGGGGACCAUUUUUAAUCAUAUCGCCAGCUUCGACGUUGCACAAUUGGCAACAGGAAAUGGCCCGAUUUGUGCCAAUGUUUAAAGUAGUUCCGUAUUGGGGUAAUCCACAGGAACGGAAAAUAUUGAGACAAUUUUGGGAUACUAAAGAUUUACACACGAAAGAAGCUUCAUUUCAUGUCGUGAUAACUAGUUACCAAUUAGUCAUUACCGAUUACAAGUAUUUCAACCGAAUAAAGUGGCAGUACAUGAUUCUAGACGAAGCGCAAGCUAUAAAAAGCACCAGCAGUAUGAGAUGGAAGUUAUUACUUGGAUUUAGUUGUCGCAACAGAUUGUUACUUAGCGGUACGCCUAUUCAAAAUAGCAUGGCGGAGUUAUGGGCAUUGUUACAUUUUAUAAUGCCUACAUUGUUUGAUUCGCACGACGAGUUCAACGAAUGGUUUUCCAAAGAUAUCGAGAGUCACGCGGAAAACAAAACUGGGAUCGAUGAAAAGCAUUUAUCGAGGCUACAUAUGAUCCUGAAACCGUUCAUGUUACGAAGAAUAAAGAAAGACGUGGAGAACGAAUUAUCCGACAAAAUCGAAGUAAUGGUGUACUGUCCGCUUACAACUCGUCAAAAGUUACUUUAUUCGGCAUUGAAGAAGAAAAUUAGAAUAGAGGAUCUACUGCAUUACACAGUGGGUGGUGAUACUGCGUCCAAUGACAAAAAUUUCACGUCAAAUCUUAUGAAUCUAGUCAUGCAAUUCCGAAAGGUUUGCAAUCAUCCAGAACUGUUCGAGCGCAGAGAUGCUAAAUCACCACUAUUUAUGCGUACAGAAUUUUAUGAAAUGCCUGCAUUAUUAUAUACAGAAGGUCUCGUGCACCUCUCGUUGCCAUCCAAAGAUCACUUGUUGUAUAAUAAGUUGUUUAUAUUUGCUACGGAACAUGUACAUCGAACCCUUUACGGUGGCAGCGAAGAUCUCUCUCAAAAUCCCUUCUCUUUUAGUCGGUUCAUUAACUUGUCUCCAAUGGAACUAAAUAAAAUAUUUAUCAUUGGUAUCUUAUUCAGAUUAUGUCUUGCAACAAUAAUGGAAAGGAAGAUAAAGAUGAUGCAUUAUUGGGAAGAUUGGAAUGCCGACGAGAGAACAGCAAUACCUAGAAAUCAAAUAUUUCUUGUACCUAAAAGAAUUAACACUUCGUCAAGAUCAAUGCAAGAUUUACUAUUCACAAAAAAGAUCAUGGAGGGAGAAUCUGUGUAUACGCAUACUACGCACGUUAUUCAUUCAAUGCCUGAAACUGUUGCUCAUCGAAUCCUGCGUAGUAGUAAAAAAACAGCCAAUCAAUUGUUAAAGCGAAUACUUCCUUCCACCAAAACUGAACAAGAAGACACGAAAGUAACCUUGUUACCAGAACAUCCUCAUCUUCCAAGGCCACCGAUAAUGCGAUAUUGCCAACAAACUACCAUUCCAUCUUUUAUCUGCGAUACUUAUCCUAAGGUUCAAGCUAGUCCUCGAAAACUGUAUGUUAGUAAUAGUUCUGCGGCGUGUGCAUGGAGAAGACACGAAGAAUGCGGCGGAAAGUUUGGUCAACGACUUCUCUGGCUCGGUUGUGAACAAGCUCUGUCCGAUCCAUUAUCGCAGGAGAGUUUAGCUUCUCAAGUAGUCCAAACAGUAUCAACAUUUUCCGUUGAACCACACGGCGGAAUAUCUGCAUGUACGCCAAUUAAUGGCUGGUCGAACAUUAUCGUACCGGAUAAGCAAACCUUAGUAACAGACGCGGGGAAAUUGUCAGUAUUAGACAGUCUUUUGCGCCGUCUUAAAGAACAAGGUCAUCGAGUUCUUAUUUACUCUCAGAUGACAAAAAUGAUUGAUCUAUUAGAGGAAUAUAUGUAUCAUAGGAAACAUACUUUCAUGAGAUUAGACGGUUCUUCGAAAAUCUCUGAUAGGCGUGACAUGGUUGCAGACUUUCAGAAGCGGGCGGAUAUUUUUGUCUUUCUGUUGAGUACCCGAGCUGGAGGACUGGGAAUAAACCUGACUGCUGCGGAUACGGUGAUAUUCUAUGAUAGUGAUUGGAAUCCAACGGUAGAUCAGCAAGCUAUGGAUCGUGCCCAUAGGCUGGGACAAACAAAGCAAGUUACAGUCUAUCGAUUGAUCUGUAAAGGAACUAUCGAAGAGAGAAUAUUGCAACGUGCACGAGAAAAGAGCGAGAUACAACGCAUGGUAAUUAGCGGUGGAAACUUUAAACCGGACACGUUGAAGCCUAAGGAAGUUGUCUCCCUGUUGUUAGACGACGAGGAGAUUGAAGCGAAAUAUAGCCAACGGAGCGAGGAGAGAAAGCAGCACGCCGAGGAUGCCCGAGUCGACUUCAACCUAUACCAUAAGGAGAGGGACCGGAAGAGGAAGUUAACCGCGCUUCCGGUCAAGGGCGACGCGAAGAAGCCUUGUUUAUCUGAUGCAAAUGGCGAUAAGAUUGGUGAAACAUAUCAAUCCAAUUCGAACGAAAGCUCUCAGACUGGUGGCGUUCAGUCUUAUCAUCUCAACAAUCAUCAACAAAUUAUCGACAGUACAGAUGAUUAUAGCGUGCCAACCAGCCCAGCUAAGUCAGAGGAUGAGACGAGCAACGAUGGUCUGGUAGUUGACGUGGAUGGUCCAGUAGGAGGAACCUCGAGCGAUGCUCGACAAUCGCGUAUCAGCCAGUAUGGAGAAGCUGGGAAAGUUAGUCGUCUGGAACAUCACAUGCCGUUCAGCAGUGGAACUGGUGUUCGGAUGAGACCGAACGUACGGGGCACUAGCAAAAGGGGCAGACCUCGUGGUUCCCGGAGAGGAGGUCCUGUUGGAGGGAAAGGCAGAGGUCUACUCUUACUUCAUCCAUCCAAGGGUCUUGGUAGCGAGCCUCAAUCACCAUCAUCUUUGUCCCCGACCAGUAGCAGUAUAGCCAAUGAACAAACUCUUCAGCACGGAAUACAAGGGAUCUCCGGAGCAGCAGAAGGCGAGGGACCCAGUACAGUUGGUCCCAUGGGCGCUGUGUCAAGCAGAGGAGGCGCGCCAGCGAUCCGAAGAGGACCCGGCAGACCCCGGCUCAGGCCAACCGGUCCAGGUCACCAAGGUUACCGUACUCCGGGUCAUCAUCAAGGCAGAAAGGUCCAACGGCCGCUUCCGGUCCCUCUGAGAUCUCAACAAACCAUAGCGACGGUGAACCAACAGAAGUCGUCCUCGGUGCAGCGUCCAUCAGGAUCCGGGGCGACCAUUUCCUCGUCCGCUUUGAACGCAUCCUCAUCGUUUACUUCGUCCACCAGCGAAUCGCGCCCCUUUGGAUUCUACACGCAGCAACAGCAACAACAACCACGCGGAUCAUCCUAGCUUCCGGAGGGCGAAUUCCUUCGGGUGAUCCUCGAGGGAGAUUCCUGAACUCUUGAAACUCGAACACAUAGGCGUUUAUGAUCUUUCAGCUCUUUGACGAUGUUCGUCUCUGAAAGGAAAAGAACGAUCAUGUUGAUUGUUCGGUGAUAUAACGAGGCAACGAGAAACUGAUUACUCGUAGAACAAAACCGUACCCGAAUUCUAGUGAUAGAUCAAGUGACGAUUUUACGCUCAAAUAGUGCAAUUGAAAUCUUUUAAUGAACUUAGCGUUUUCUCGUUACGACGAUUGAUGUUAGCUAACGUUUACGUGUAAUUAUUACACUUGCGAAUUAGCUGGCGUUUAACGGUAAAGAGAAGUAAAAGAGGAGAUCUUGGAUCUUCCAGUAACAGUGAACAGUAAACGGAACGGUAUCGAUUAAGAAUUCUAUCGAUCGAUCGAUCUUCUUGUGUAUUGUAAACUAUGUAUAAAAAGAACAUUUGUCGAUAUUUAAGCUUAAUGUAAACGAUUAAGGACAACCGCGUCGAGCGUAAUUCUCUGAUACAAAUUAGUCCCUUCGUAAACGCUGAACGCGCUUGGCAAUCGUUUAGGCAAUCUGUACAAAUUAAUCGAAUCACGCCAUUCGCGUUACAUUAGGUACUUAAUAGAGAAAGCUCGGGCUGGCUGGAGAUUGGGAACAAGCGAAAUUCCGUGAAAAAACGCGAGGGAAAAACAAGUAGCUGGAGAAAGUGAGUCAAUCUGGGAACUCGAGCGAAUGGAAGAAGACAGAACUCUUGGAAAAUAGAAGAAUUCAUAAAAAAAAUGAAGAAGGAGUGGAAUUCUUGCCAAAAAAGAAUUCUUUUUUAGUUUGAUUCUCAAGCAUAGAAUGACACGACGAACUACGUGGACACGAUUGUAGCAUUAUUAAAAUUAUGACGAAUGAACAAUGGACAAUCGUCAAAGCGAUCCACCGAACAGAAGGUAUACGAGAUACCUUUCACAUUUAAUUUCUUUUUUCACGAUUGCUUUACGAAACCGUCCCUUGUUCUUUCUUCCUAUUCUCGCCUUUCUCCCUCCUAUUCUUCUUCAUUCUUUAGAAUAUCACAAUUCGUCAAACUAUUGUAGCACCGUUUUGUCGCUAGGCUCGGUUAAACGAUAUUUUUUAUGCGUGUUUAUGAACCGUCGUCACGUCGAUUCGAUUUAAUAAAGAAAAAAAAAAAGAAGGUAUUUAUAUUAGCAAUAAACGAUUCAAACGGCCACUGAAUCGAAUUCUGUCGAUUACCUGCAGUUCAAUUGAGGUAUCUUAUAAAAUAAUACUCAGAAAAGAAUCUUUUUUUAUCAUUUUCAUUUGAUAAGUUUCAGACCCGGUUCCGUCACUCCAGGACUUCCAUUCCUUGGGAAUAAAUUAGCAAAUAUGGUGCCACAAUGAUCCCAGUUUCACCUGAAAUUUAAAAUGCAUCUUAACAAAGGUAUUUUACAAUUAUCAUAUGUAACGUUACAAAUCUAGUAGCUGCAAAGGAUGAAAAAAAAAAAAAAAGAAAAACAUUUUCUUGAUGAUGACAUUCCGUGCGUUGUUCAGUUUAUUUUCUGCGAUGCAUUCCUUGGAUCGUGACGCGUUACGAGUGUCCGGUUGUUGCUUUUUUGCGCCGAUACGACCAAGUGAACGAGGUAAAUGAAUUAAAUGGAUGAACGGUGAAUAAUGGAUGAACCGUGGCUGGUGUCACCAACACGCUUCGAAUGAAUGCUAUUCGUUUUUCUUUUUCUUUUUUGUCAAGGUUUCACAGUAAACCGGACAUAAUCGAGGCGCUUAGUUCAUCGUUGUUCAAACCCGCGGUUAGGUGUGCCGCAUACCUGACCUCGCGUUUACGUGUUCAAGGAUUUACCAGCUCCGUGGAAGUUGAAAAUUAUGGUAGAAAUCAAUUUAAGGAAAGCUCUAGAAAAUUUAACGAAUGUAGGAGAGGGGAGAAAAAAAAGGCGUUUCGUCUCGGGAUCAUCAAUUCGGAACUUCUAUAAUAUUCUAAUUGCAUGCCGGGCGAUCGCUAGCGAGAACACUGAUCAUCUCGCCGCCACCUAGCGGUCCCCGGCCCGAACUAAAGGCGUCCGGGGAGACGAAAUCCUCUCUCCCCCACCACUAAUGCCUACACGAAGCUUAGACGUCAAGGUAGUUCAAGUCAACUUAGGCUACUGGUACCAGGAAACUUUCGAAGAAAGGUCGACACCUCGACUCCGAGGGUCAUUCGAGAGAAUGUGUCCAUGUGGAAGCAUGAAAAUACCAUCAUGGGGGGAACACCUGGUCAGAAAGCACGUAAACUCGAGACCAAAAAUAACGUGUCGCUGUUUGCGUCGAUCAACUGAUCGGUUUCAUUCAAUUCUCGCCGUUUUAAUUGCUGGAAGAUUUUUUACAGGUCUACCAAGGGUGAGAAUUGGCAUCGAAUCGCAGCCCCAUGGCAUUUCCCGGCCCUGAGACAACCACUAUCAACGCUUGGACAUGGAAUCCUUAACUAAGGAUUAACAUCGACCAGCUUGCACAUUCGCUGGCAAUGCAGGAGAAGUGAGAUUGGCCCGGGGAACGAGAGAAGAAAGCACGGAGAGAAAAAGAGAGAGGAAAGAGAUGCAUUGCACGCGCGGAUGGAAGGUGCGGACGUACACCUGAGAGCAGGUGCAUCGGAAAGUCUUGGUCCUCUUCUCUUUGCUCUCUACACUCUCUCUCUCUCUCUCUCUCUCUCUUUAUCUUUCGUACCACCGACGGACAAUCGCUUGAUCCAGGGGACAUAAAAUUGAUCGAGCCUGGCUGGCAUGGUCCCUUCGUUCGUCUUCCUACUUAACGCUCCGGCUUUUCCUUGGAUCUUGGGACGAUUCUCGUCGAACAUCCACUGUUCCUUAAAGUAUUUUAUCAUGUAAACGAAGGAAUUAUCUUCUAUACCGUUUACAUUACAUUUUAUGGAAGUCUCUUCUCGGUUACUUGGCUGACUGUCAGUCGCAUAGUUUCUUUCUUUUUUUUUUUUUUGUUUCAGAGCAACACGACGUUUCGUGUGAUAUUAGGAAUUUCGUAUUCACCGUGUUUUCUCGCGUUCAGGCUCAUCCCCUGAAUCGCAAUGGCCACUUUAUUUACCUGGCCUUUAUUCCGGAAUAUGGCGACAAACGAACGGUGAUAUUGGAUUCAGCGACGAGAAUUUAACAAUCACCUGAAAUUAAGAAAUUACGUGCAUAAAAUGUUCAAUAAGAGAUGAACUUGUUGACGCUAUGAAAUCUAAACCAGGCGUAUUUCUUUGUACAACACGGUUUCCUUCUACAUUAGGAACAUAAUUAUCGUGUUACACCAGGGGGGUCAAUCUGUAAAGUUCGUGAGAACCACGCUAUUUUCGCGAACAAGGAACCGUUUCACCGGCGUAACAACUCGGGUUUUAAUAUCGUAAGAAGCUAUUAAAAGCCACGUUACACUCAUACAUAUUAACGAACCAGUUUCUAUUCGUCACGGUUUUAAUUUACAAUAUCGUUACAUUUAUCCCACGUGUUUUCUACUCACGCUCAUAUUUAACAAAGAUUCCUCUCGUUCAUUUAGAUUUUCUAUGGAGAGAAUCCAGCAAGCAAGUGAUAAUCUUUGUAAAGUCACUCAUUAAUGAAUUGGCGAUGAAUGAAAUCAUUAAAGGAGUUCCAACACCCUGGCAACGAGUACUUGAACACAGGGCCUGCCCUGUUUGAACAAAGAGAUUUCUUGGUGAAUUACCAGAGAGUUGAAGGACCAAAGUAUUCUAAUUGAAACUGAAUGAUCAAUCGAUAAUCUCCGAAUACAGGUCGAUCCAUAAAGGUAUCAAUUUGAGCAAUGUACAAAAUCUACAAAGAUGAUGGAUCGUUGGUCGAAAAGGGAAUUGUAAUUAGUCAGAACACACGUGACGGUAUUCCUUCAAAUUCCAGCGUCAGUUUGAUUGGUUAAUUAACUGUCGAAGAGUGUAAUCGAUGCAUGAUCACCGUGAGGACACGGUGUGACCACGUGUGUGACAGGUGUUCCCUCUCGUUACUGAAUAAUUUUCAUCGUUUUCUUCGAGAUGAUCGGUUCAAUAUCCCUGGUUCAACAUAUCCGUCCAGAAAAGGUCUGUUUCCCUCUGAAAGUUGAUAGAUCUGAAAUUAAUUUCAAACAUUGGUGCAUCUUCGAACGGUACUUUUUCAAGUUAAUUGUCGUCCAUUAAGAGACUUUGUCGUGUCGUCUUCUCAAUGAAACGAACAUUUCGUACGUUUUUGAUUGACGUUUCUUUUACCGUACUGAUAAAGAUCUAUCGUGUCGAUCUCACGUUCGAUGACAGGAGGUAAUGUAUCAGAGUUUAAAGUAUGUAAAGUACUUGAUGUUUCUUAUGCUGUCAUUCUUAAUGACAAAUGGGGUUUAAUUUGAGUCGUGUCGGUAAUUCCUGGAGAAUCAUCGAUACCAUCAUUACAGAAAGAGAGAGAAAGUAUGCUUCUCUUCAAGAAUAUUUCUUCACUUGAACCGUUAUGGGUGCCUAAAAGAUACAUCAAUGAAUUUAAUUUUACAAAAUUAGUUAUAAAAUUACAAAAUUCUUCUAAACUUGAUAACUACAACCAUUCUCUAAAUUAAUUUUCUAUAAGUAUACAUUUCAGAAUUUUGUCAUUGGAACAGUCAAUUACAAUAUAAUUGGGUCUAAUGGGAUGACGAAGCGAGAUUCACGAUCCUACUAAAUAUUCCAUCUAAACAGGCGCGUUUCCGUGGACUGACAGGAAGUUAUCCCCCAGAAUCAACAGGUGAAUCGUUUCGUAACAGGACUAUCCCGAAUGAAAUUCAACCAAUUACAGAGACAACAAUCGUCGGUGUGGGUGAGAUUAAACUUUGAUGAAUGGAAUUUUGCUAUGUUCUAAUCAGAAGAAAAUCAAUGUUCUUAAUACGAAAUGGCUGGUUGCCAGUUUUACAAAGUCUGAUCAGAUUUCAUAACAGAAAAGCAUUGCAAGAUAGCACGUACGAUACAUUAAGUUAAAGCUUAAAGUCUGAAGAAAAUAACUACGUAAUUACACAUUUCGUAUUAUACAUUUUUUUCUUGUACGUUAUGUACAGAAAGGCAAGUAGCUCGUUAGCGAUUUUUUGGUCUAGUUUAGGACACCGGUUCCCCUGUCCCUAACUCAGACCCUCUAACCCUCUGAAUUAAUUCUAUCCUUCUAUCAGUACCGAUCGAAAAUGAAAACAGCCUUCGGGAGGGCCAAAUGACGCGAAUUCGGGGUAGAAAAAGGCGAUCACCGUUGCAAAAACUAACCGUCGUCUACGAGGCAAUUUCGGUUUCGUUGCCAUCGAAAAUUCGAGUCCCCGCAGGGUGGACGCAUUAGAAUUCAAGCGGCAAUUAUCGGUGGGCUAAUUAUAAUUAGGGAGAGAUACGAGGCGAUGGUGGACGUUGUUUUGUCCGUCCUGGCGUUGAUCGCCAUCAAAAAGCGGUCAGCCAUGCGGUUCCAUGCGUUCACCGGCGUUUUUCGCCGGCAAUUACCUGCGGCCACACGGAAUCGAAACUUUUAUUUCGGCGUGCGAAAGAAAACUGACGGAAUUAGCCGAGUGAAACGAAACUACACCUGAAUGGCAAUGAGUUUCUAUAUCACAAUGUGAGCAUAUACCUGAAAGCAACAGUUCUUAUUGCAAUAUUGACCAUGUGUUAACAAAUUUUAUUCUAUCUGACGAAUUUACAGUUCAAUAAAAAAGAAAAGAUGAAAGAAAGUAACGUGACGAGAGAAAGAGAAAAAAGUGGAUUACCGUUUCCCCAAUUAUAAUUAAUAUCUUUCGGUAAUUAUAGGGCCAUGGUAUCGCGUGAGAUUAUUGAUACGACAGAUGUGAGAUUUUAACGCGGCCAAUUAGUGUCGAAGAAGCGGAAAGCGUAUCGUCUCGAUAUACCUGACCGUUGUCGAUAUCGCCGAAUAAAGUAGCCACCGUUCACUGAAUUUCCUUAUCGCUUAUUAUUAUGAAAUUCGUCCGUUUCGCAGCAAUAAAUCUUCGAUCUCAAAAGUUCUCUCCUUUAAUUAAGCCACAGUUCCGCGAUGCGAAUAUACAGUACCACCGAUCGAUAAACCGAUCGGAACUCGAUUAAUUUUACUUUAAUACAGUUUGAUUACAACGUUACCUACGAAAAUACGGGACGUGUAAACGGAACUUUCGUUUGAAGAUGACAAGAAGAAGUAUCGUCGAGUCAAUUCGAUACCGAUGUUAACCGAUAUUCGAAUUCCUCUGAUAAAUGAUUUUAAGGGAUCGUUUUCGCGUGUCUACCAAGGUUCUCCUAGUAUACUCGUGGCUAGCCUCUGAAUACAGUUAACUGGCAAAGGCUUGGAACAGGUUUAACAUGGUCAGCUUUGACACAAAGCUCACGGGCUCGUUGUUUCGCCGCGGGUACAAUUAACGGCGUCGUUAAGCCCGCGAGGUUCGUCUGCGAUCGUGGAAUAAUCGCCGCGAGGUGAGAGGGAAAGAUGGAACCUCUUUGCGCGCGGGUCAAUUAACGGCAUCGUUCUAGCGACGUGACUCGCUGAUAAUUAGCAGAAGAAGAAGAAGAAGAAAAAAAAAUGAAGAAGCGGAGAUUUCACCGGAAGAAAUGGAACCUCUCGUUCCCUUCCACCUCUCGUUAUGAAUUAAUUAACACGUUCCUUGUAUUUUCGACGAAACGAUACGAGCAGAGGGAUAAGAAGAGCAGGAAGAAGGUUAAAACCAAGGGAAAGGUUGGCCCGGAUAGUCAAAGGAUGACCUUGAAAAAAGAGCGAGGAGCGCCCUGGGCCCUUCCUCGGAGAACAUCGAGCCAAGUAGGAGAAACUGGGUAGCGAGACGGUGUAGAUACGCGUAAGGAAGCGUAACGCCUACGUAGAGCCGAGCCUCUGACUCGCGACUUCCGGUCAAGCGGCAGGAAGCACGCUCGGUGCGUCGCCGCCACCGACGUCGACUCGCGUCCUUACGCCUAGCCAUCAGCUACGAAAUAUUUAUUUGUUUCGUUUCUACCAAGCUUAGAUGCAUUUGUCGCACCACCUGUUUGCUUCAUCGUCACCUGAGAAGAAUCUAUUUUCUAUCUUGAUGAAAUCUUCGUUUCCUCUUCGAUGCGAUUUCCUGGAGCGACGAGCGUGGCCAAUGCAUACUUCCUCUUGAAAUUUUAAUUGAAAUUUCAUACUCUUUUAACGCGUAUCCUGAAAAUAAAAUGAUUCCUCAGUUUGACAUUGAAGAAAAUGGGAGAAAAUUGAAAUGAAAAUCUAGUGAAUUUUAAAAACAACAUUUUUCCAUUGAAAAUAAGCACAGGUGUUUAUUUAAAUUUUUCUAUAUAUAUAGGAAUAAAAUUGUAAAUGAGUGGGGAAUCUAGUGUUAAUCAUGAUUGAUUCUUCAUCAACCACCUUGAUUACGCAGGGAGAAAAUGAAAGAAACGAUUUGGACCGAUCAACAUCCGGGUUCCUUUUGAUUUUCCGUCUUGAUGGCGGCUCGGCAACUCGUUACUUUACUUGGGGCAUGAAUAUAGAACGAAGGGGAAUGCCACGAAGGUGGCUUCAACCGUACAUCCGGACGAUAUAAAUGAGAAGUUGAACUUCCUUGGCAGCCGCUAUUAAAGUUCAUUUAGCUUCGACGUAGCCUCAACCCUUGAUUGGAAAUCCUUGUUCAAAUGUACAUGAAUUUCUAUCCAUUUGUCUAUUAAAAUUUCAACUAACACAAGAGAAAGAUUUUUAAAAAAUUUCUUCUUUUAAAACUAAAAGCAAAGUUUAAGGAACCGAUAGUUCAGGUUUCCGAUGAAAGUUUCUUUCUAAGGAGAAAAGUUUUCAAUCCUGGAUCGCUUAGAUUAAAAAGGAAAUGGGUCGCUUGGUUCGAAGUAAGAAGCUUUCUCUAUCCUUUAAUAUCCCUGAACGUUGGCUGAAAAUGAGAAAGGUACGGAUAAUAUGAUAAGAAAGAAUAGUUUCUCGUUCGUAUAACUUCGGAAAGGAAUUAUCUUUCGGUCCGUGCACUCGGCAGGAAACCUAAUUUCAGUCUUCCUGUCAUGGGAAUGUGCGCACCCUGUAUCGCGUUUUAUAAGAAGAAGAAUUGAAUGGCAGUCUAACGAGUUUCUUCGAUUCGAAUCGUCAAGCUAUUGCAUAACAAUAUUAAUAAAGUCAAACAAAAUAGCAAUCAAAGACUUAAUUCUUAAUUAGAAAAGAUGAAAGUAGAAAUUACUUUCAGAGGAAAAAAUAAGCGUUAGAUAAGUAGGCGACACUAAAGCUACAAAUGACGGGGCACCAUGUCGGAUGAACCAGAAACGGUGAAAAUAUGGGCAAAAAGCUAACCACGCCGAAAUAUCGCUACAAUUGAACGUGAGGAGAAAAUAAAUAGAAUGAGUUUAUUAUUGUCAGCUAAACGAGGAGGAAGAUGCGAAUUCGUGAGAUCAAUUCGGCGAAUCAAGAAGAUAAGGAUCUACUUAAUUAUCUGGUUUAAUGGCUUUCCCUCGAGCUUGCCUGCAUGUGUACAGUUUACUUCACCAAGUAUCCCCGAUGCUUUCGACUGCCCGUUUUCGGGCAACGACUCGAACGAUUUUUAUCGUUGCAUCCUCCUUCUUCUUUUCUGCUUCCUGGGCGUGUGAGCACCGGUCGUUUCGAGAGCGUCCAGUUAACCUUAUACUUCGUUACGGAAAUUAACGAUUCAUGGCCGAAUUGGUCGCAGAAAUUCUCGAAAGGUAACUUGUUAAUUGUUACCUUUUCGAAAGAUGGCCCCUUCACUGACUCACGACCCGCCGGCAUCACUGUUAUUAACGUCGAUUCUGUUGCUUCUGGAAUUAUUGAAGUCAUGGAGUGAUACCUGUUGAUAAAUAAUUACGAUAAUGAUUUUGAUUGCUAAUUACCUGUUAUCUAACGAGUAUACCAACGACACUGUAUUAUCGGUAAUGUUUUUUAAUGUUUUUCGAAUCGAAGGUAUAAUAAACGAUGAAUCGUUUGUUUUGUAUUGAUCGAUCGAACGGAAAUGAGAGGACGGUCGGCGGUGUUGAGCCGCGUGCAGACCGCGGCCGGAAAAGCGUGAAAAUAGGAAGAGGAAACGAGGGAAGAAAGAAAGAAAAGAAAGGCGGAGAAGUGGAAGUGGCGCGUGGCACUGCCGAAUAAGUAUCGGAUGCCGCCAGAUGUUGCGGUGAAGCCAGCUGCUGCACCUCCGCCACUCUUGCCCUCCUUUGCUUUUCCUCGCGGUUUUUCGAGAGAGCUAAACAGGUACAUACAUACAUUCACCGACCAAUGCAAUGCUGCUACUUUAUGUUCACUGGUGGUAUUAUCACCAGUCACUUUUUUCCCACUUGUCACUUGUCAAUUUUUCUCUCCUUUUUAUAACAAUCCGAAGUUUGAAACAAACAUGACGAACAAUUGAAAAAACAAAUUUGCAUACUUCGCGUAGCUACUUUUUCAAGCAGUUUCUUUCAAAUUCCCAGUUAUUCUGUUUCGUUAUUUCUUUAUAAACGAGAAAAGUUUAAACGACAGGGAAAACCUUUUAAAAUGAUAAUUGAAAAUUAUUGCUCACCUUAAAGCACAGUACACGCAAGAAGCAGAAAACGAUACAAAAUAUUUCAAAGAUUCCACCACGGCACUGCAGUCAUACAAAACUACAUAGUUCAGAUAGCAUCGAAAUGGUUAAAAACAACGCGUUCCAACUUUCUACAUUGUUUGUUUUCCAACGAAACCCCCUCUGUGCAUAAUUAAAAAAGUAUUUCAAGAGUAGAAGAAGCGGUUAGGGUGAGAAAAGAAAUCAGAGUAGCAAACCUGCAAGCACCGACGGCUGCCCUCGCGGUUCUUCGCCGUCGAAGAACUCGCGUGAAAACCGAAAAGGGACAAGAAGGGAAAGAAAAAGAAGGGCCCUUGAAGCGAGGAGAACGAGAUGGGAA